AUGUGCAACAUAUUGAAUGGGCUUCAGAAACAAGGAUUUCAGAUAAAUCAUCAAAUAUUUGAGUUCAUUAAGAACAAUUGUGCUACUUUAGAAAAAAGAGGUCUUCUUAUGCCUGGAAUACUAGCACACGUGAAUCUGAAAGAAGCCUACGAUCUUCUGAGGAGAAAAUAUUACCAGAAUGAGGAUAUAAAGACAGUUUGUAGUCUGAGUGUUCUCUUAAAGGAAUUAGCUAAUAGGGUGCAGACUGCUAGGUAUCAAGAUUUAAUAAUCAGGCUAGUGUCCGCAUACGAGGAUUAUGUAUUUUAUCUGCCUGCCUUUAUGGACUUCCGUGGUAGAAUCUACCGCUCAGGUAUUUUGCAUUUUCAUGAGCGUGAUUUAGCUAGAAGUUUAAUAGUAUUUGCCAAUAAUCAUCAAGAAGGAAGCAACCUGUCGGCUAAGGACACAGUAGCCUAUUCAGCAGCCUUUAAGUAUAAGAAAUUCUAUCUUUAUGAUGAAGCUCUUCAAUGGUAUAAGGAAAAACAGAGUUUGAUCUAUGCUUCUGAUGAUAGUUUAAUAAGCUUCGCAAAGGGCGCUAGUGAUCCAUUUCAGUUCAUAGCCAAGGUCCUGUGUGACGAUAGAGUUCAAGAAUCUAAUAGCAUACCAAUAACUCAAGAUGCUGUUGCCAGUGCUUAUCAGAUCAUGAGUUAUUUAUUGCUUAACGAAGAAAUGGCUAGGAGAACGAAUCUGAUUCCCCACCCUGAUGGGAAAAUACAAGAUGUAUACAUGUACUUGCUAUAUGAUUUUAAGGAAUUUUUGCAUCAUCGAAUAAAUAAUAAGUUACAGAUGGAAAUCAUUGAAUCUAAGUUAGAUAGAAAGCUCAUCAAAAGUCUAUUCAUGCCAUUGAUCUAUGGGAAGACAUUUAUCAGCAUGGAAAAGGAUAUUAGGCAAAAAUAUGGUGAAUUGCUUAGUCGAAAGGAUAGCUAUAACCUCGCUAUACUGAGCAAUGAAUUUUGGAUCCAUAAAUAUCCAGAUAUAGUCAAUAUUAUGAAGUUGAUUACCAUCAUUAGUUGGUUUUGUUCAGUAAUGGAUAAAGCGGUUGUCUACAGUAUACCAUAUUUCACUACAAAACAGGAUUAUAUGUCUUUCGUCAAAGAAAGGAUAAUGGUUUAUGAAAGGACUAGCAAAAAGAGACGACAGGUUACUCUAAGUGUACCUACUAUGAAUAGGGAUAAGCGAAAGACUCAAUCCUCAGCAUGCGCUAACUUUAUUCAUCAGAAGGAUGCAUACAUUGCCAUUCAAGUCGUAGAAUCAUUAUUGAGAGAAGGAGCCCCUAUAUAUACCGUACAUGAUAAUUUUAUAACUACUCCGCCUUACGUCAGAAUUGUACCUGAUAUAUAUACCAAGGUCUUUAUUAAUAUGGGUCCUCCACUUAAAAUUAUUAAUGAAUUUAUUAGGAUCAAUCUGAUUACAUCAUACAUUCGAGAUAGUCAUAACUCAUCACCCUUAUACUAUAACCAUAAUUAUCCUAUGCCAUCUGAUUAUCUUAUUGAGAUAUUGAAUUCACUUUUACCUGAUAAUUCAUCAACUAAAGAUAAAAUCAAAUGGAAGAAAAAGGUAUCAGAAUUUGUUCAGUAUUACAACAACUAUGUAGAUGCUGUAUGCAGUAAUCAAGUGAUUGAUUCAGAGGAUCUUUCUCCUUUCCUUAUUCAAGAGAAGUGGAAUCAAUUUAAGAAACUUCUAGAGAACAGAAGUCAUAAUUACAGCGUGCAUUACUAA